UGUGAAACAUGUAAUAUGCAGUAUUUGGUAUUCUGAGUACCUUAUGAACUGAUUUAUAAUUUUAACUUUACAGAAUGUGUCCUUAUGAUUUUUUUCAUAUUGGAAAAUUCACCCAUUUGAUGAUAAUAACAUUGCAAGCUAAUUUAUUGAGAUUUUUGUAAAAUUACUAGGCAACUCAGUUGCACCUGCUUGUUUCUGCCCUUUAGUUUAGCUGUCAACCAACAAUCCUGGUGAUUCACGUGUUUAAAACAUUUAAAAUGGUCUGGAUGAGAUACUGUCAUAAUCUUGUCAUUCUACCUAGAGUCUUGCAACAGUGCCAGAGUGUUAAAAGCAAAACUCCAUGAAUGCCCGUCCAUUCCCUGGGUUUCUAGCAAGACAUUCUGUUGGAUUUUUUUUUUUUUUUUUGAUGCCUGUGAAUGGGCAAACUUGAAGGCUUACCAACCCGUUGGGUAGUCUGUUUCCUGGCAAAUGGAGUAAUCACACAGAAGGAUAGUUACGUUUUUUUGGCUGUCCAAAUAACAGUAGACCAUUCUCUUGUCUGCUUAGUUAGCAUGUGUCUUAUAAUUCUUGCCUGCUCCAUGAAGAAAAUGGAGGACAUGGGCAAGGGAGGAGGAAUUUCAAAUAAACUGAAGCAAGAAGUUCAUAAAACAUGGUGCUAUUUUAGAGCAGUAGGAUGUAGCAGCAGCGAAGAGUUAUAUCUGUUCCUGUGGCCACAGAAGAUAAGUAUUGGUCUUCAUUUCAUAACUGUCAAAGUUAUGGGGCAAUCAACACUGACAUCUGAACAGUUCAGUGUUUUGAUAAGUAAUUUGGAGGUUUAUAGGGAGGUGAUGAGAUCUGCGGAUAAUAUAAAGUUAGCCUUAGCGGUCAGAACUAAUACUGACUGUAAAGGGGAUUUCUGGGUAUUGAAUGAUUUGGUGAUAGAAUGUCAAUGAUUAAAAUAAUGUGGAGGGGCAUGGAAGGAACAUACAUAUGUAUAGCACAAACAUGCAUACUUUAUGUAAGUAGUGUGAGCAUUAAGUUAGUCAGAGCCACUUAGGUAAAAUGCUCUUUUGGCAUCUCUGGAUGCUCUCUGGAAGCAUUAGCUCUAUCCUUGGUGGGCAAAAAGACAAACAGGAAUUAUUGGAAAGGAAUAGAGUAGAAAAUGGAAAGCUUCGUUAUGUUGCUACAUAAGCUCGUGGUGAAUGUGCAACUUGAACUCUGCGAUUCUGGUCAAUCUCAGAAAAACUAUAUUAGAAAAGAUAAAGAGAUGAGUGACUGUUGGCUGAUACGCGAUAGCUUCCAUAUGAGAAGUCAUUAAAUGAAUAAGGACUGGGGUGAAGAAAAGAGAUAACUGAGGCAACAUGUGAUGGAGGUCUGAAACUGUGAACGUCAUUGAGCAGGCAGAUAAGGGAAAGUUUGCCAUUUCUUUCUUAACAAGGAAUAUGCGGUAGCCAGAGAAAUGAGAAAAGGCAAUGAAUAGCUUUUUCAUGCAGAAUGUGAGAGGGAAGGAAGGUACCAAAAUCAAAGCAUUAUUCUUACUUGCUCUGUCUUUAUUUUCUUUUCUUACGCAUCUGCCACUGGUUGUUAUCAGAGACAGGAUUUUGGGCUACACAGACAUGUGUAUGACUCCGUGUGGCUGUUCUUAUAGUUUAAUGAAAGGGGGAAUUUUAGAUAAAUAGAAUACUGGCUCUGGAAUGUGACCAUGGUAGCCAGAGUUGGUGCCCUUUUAAGUGCUCGUGGUGUUGCAAACUCUCUUUCUCUAUGAGUCUCCUUGGAUCCAGUGUGAAGAAAACGAGCUCGCUGGUAAGUGCUUGUUAAAUGCUCACAAAAUGAGGAGUUAGUUGAAAUUUCCUUAUCAACCUUAAUAUUUGUGCAACUACAACUUUAACUUCAGUGUCCUCUUUGAACCUUUUGGCAUUGAAAGAAUAGCGUGUCUUGAAGACAUAUUUUGACUACAGUUAAGAAGAAAAAUUAAGGAAUAAAGGCACUCAAAGUAACAUUUGUGUGUGCGUAUGUGUAUUUGUGUGCAUGCAGAGGAAACGGACUGGAGAAAUACAAAUAUUCUAAUAAUUAGCAUCUGAACUGAAAUGUACAAAUGACAGUCUACUGCAAACCAAGAGAUUUUGCUACAGGGUAAAGUUUGCAUUCAAAAAGCAGCAUUUCAUACCAGUGACGUAACUAUAAAUGUAACUGAGUAGUACUGUCAAGUCUUAAGACAAGGAAUUGUCAUUAUCUUUUUAGUAGCUGAUUUAAAAAUAAAGGUGGAAACUCCGAGGAACUUUGUAAACAUAGUCAAGGAAUGAGUUAAAUAUAUUCUUUCACAGUAUUUGAGGCUUUCUUUAAUGUUUGUCUGUUUUCCUUUAGAGAAAUGUGAAGCCUGUGAUAUAACAUUGAGGCAAAGUCUGGUGCCCGUUGGGCAGCCUCUUGCUAUUAAAUGUUCACUGGAAAACAGCUUGAAUUUUAAAAGCGGAGACUACGAUUUAACAUGGUAUAAAGUUGGAAACCAGACGUCUGUGCCUAGAGACAAACUUUCCAGAAUUCAUCAGCAGAAGAGUUUAAUUUGGUUUCUCCCUGCAAUGUUAGAAGAUUCUGGAGAUUAUGAAUGUGUCAUAAGGAAUUUGACAAGCUGCAGCAAAAUGCGUACAAAAGUAACAGUUUUUGAGAGGGUUGAUGGUUUAUGCUUAAAUGAAAAAUUUGCUGUAGAGGAGGUGAUAUUCACGUUAUCAUCUGCAAGAGUUGUGUGUCCACACUUGGAUUAUUUCAGGGAUGAGAAGAAUACCAUGCCUGUUAGUUGGUAUAAGGAUUGUCAGCUACUGGAAGGGAAAAGGUUUUCCUCCUUAAACAGUGAUCUUCUCAUUUUCAAUGUGACUUUACAUGAUAAAGGAAACUAUACGUGCAAAACAUCAUAUAGCUACAAUGGAAAACAAUAUAACAUUUCACGAGACAUCAGUCUAUCUGUAGAAGUGAGCCCACCAGAAAUGCCCCCAGAAAUAUCUUAUCCAAGAAACAACUCCAUUGAAGUGGAACUUGGCUCACAGGUUACAGUGGAUUGCAAUGCAACAGGUGCUGCUGGGUAUGAGGUGCUUUGGACAGGCAACGAUGGGUAUGCUGAUGUAUUUAAUAUGAGCAGAAUUUUUACGAAGCCCUAUGAGGAAGAAACUUCCCGUGAUGGACGCCCCGUGCAUACUGUGAAGCUAAUAAUAUCAGAAGUGUAUGAUGAAGAUUAUGAACAACCGUUUGUCUGUCAUGCUUCAAAUGCCUUUGGGGAGGUGGCAUCCUAUAUCAAAUUAAAGCACAGAGUUCCUGAUUUACGGAGAUGGCUGAUUGGAGGCCUUAUCUCUUUAUUGCUUAUAACAAUCAUUACUUUAAUAAUCUACAAGAUUUUCAAGAUUGACUUUAUACUUUGGUAUCGUAAUUCAGGUUGUGCUUUCGUAAGUAAGGAAGAUGGGAAAAUCUAUGAUGCGUAUGUCUUGUAUCCAAAAGGCAAUGGAGGCGGCAGCUGCUAUCCGCUGGAAAGCUUUGUUCUUAAAAUACUACCUGAUGUUUUGGAACGACAGUGUGGAUACAAUCUCUUUAUAUUAGGAAGAGAUGAUUUAGCAGGGGAAGCUGUGGUCAGUGUUGCUGAUGAAAUCCUUAAGCAAAGCAGAAGACUGAUGAUUAUUCUGGGAUCAGAAACAUCUAGUUGCUGCCUAUUAGAAGACACCUCUGAACAACAGUUAACUAUGUAUAAUGCUCUCAUCCGUGAUGGAAUUAAAGUAAUUCUUAUAGAAAUGGGCAAAAUACAGGACUACACAAGCAUACCAGAAUCAAUCAGAUACAUUAAGCAAAAACAUGGGGCUAUCCAAUGGAAAGGGGACUUCUCAGAGAAAUCUCGUUCAUCACAUACAAGAUUCUGGAAGAAUGUACGCUAUCAAAUGCCACCCAGAAAAAAUAUAUCUUAUUCUGAAGUAUAUUUGUUGCCUAAGACUUUGACCAGUUCUCUAGCGUAAGGAAAUUAAGAUGUUCUUGGCUUAAUGCUACUGAGAAGGUAAUUUUGAAAUGUGUGUUUUCUGCACAAAUUCUGUAUAUUACAGACUGGACUUUUUCCUAGAGGAGUAAAAACUAUCCACCCGUCCCAUAAAUUACACCUUAAAACUAAAACUCUGUGCAACUUUAUUUCUGCUUAGGCUAUGGAUAGCAACAAAAUUUGUUGUGUUAGUCUUACACAGAUAUGUGAAAUACAUGUUGUUGAUGAUGGUAGACUGUUGUUCAUAUAAAAGUAAUAUCCACUAAAUCUAUUUGUUUUUUAAUCGAAACUGCGGUUGAUAAAUGAAAUUCUGAUUGCAAAAUCUGCAUUUUCCUAGUCAUUCUGUUACACUUCUUGUUGCCCCUCUGCGACAAGUUUGACUUCCUCGUUAUCACAAGAAUGAGGUAAUGCCUUGUGCAAGCUUUGAGGUCCCCCUCUGAGCAACAGGCUUCAUCCUUGCUCUUUGAAGUGGUGGAGAAAUGCAUGAUACAGCAGGUAUACUUAAUACUCCUCAAAGCACUAAAUGUGUUUCAGCUGAACAGUUGGAUACCAACUCUUUUAAGCAAAUGCAUUGCAAUCUGUGACCUUUCACACAAUUGUUAAAUAAUGCUGUGGUAUCUAGUCAAGGGGGUGUUUCUAAACUUUGUCCCUUGAAGUGGUCAGGAAACUGAAAAUAUUUGAGAUUUCUUGCAAACUGGAAACUUUCCAGACUCUGUUGCUACUCAGGAGAACAAGUGUUCUCAUUCUGUGUCUCAGCUGUGCUAACUACAAACAGGAAAUUCACUGAGGAUCUGUCAAAGGAUUUUCUUUGGGCUGGGCAUCCUGAAAGCCCAAAAUCUACAGCAGGAAAAGCAGGAAAGUCUGGCUGCAGUGCCCUGCGAAUUGUGGACUCGGGAAGCACUAGAUAUUCCCUAUCUGCCUAUCAUAAGGCAGCCUGCUCAGGAACCAGGCAUGCUUCCGUUAAAUGAAAUGAGUGGCUUGUUGAAUGGAAUGUUGAAUCACUGAAUUCCUUUAGAAACCAUGGACAUACAUCACUGGGUUAAAACAAACAUCCCCCCUA